AUGAGUAAAAUUAAAGAGUCAUCUAGUGGUAUAUUAGGUGCUUCUAAUAAUACCAACAAAGAAUCAUCGCAAAAAUCGGCAAGGUCUAUAGCUUUGCCAAUGACAUAUGCAUUAAUUGGUGUCAGUUGCUUAAAUGUAUGGAAUUCAGCAUUGGGGUUAAAUAUUAAAAUCACUUACAAUAUAUUUCAGAUGGCAGGUUUGUUAACUUCCUCUGUUUUAGCCCUUUUCGUAAAUUACCCAAGAGUGUUGUUACCAACUAGUUUAGGAGUAUUGACUUUAUUAUGUGCUGGUUUUCAGAUAGCGCAUCAAACAUUUUCUGAUUCUGCAUUUGAUACAUACUGUUUAGCAGCUUUUAUAACAAUUGGACUAAUGGCUGGAAUAGCUCAAACUAUUGCUUUUGCUAUUGGAACAACUAAAGAAAGUAAUAUGAGUGGAUAUAUAUCUGCAGGUAUUGGAAUGUCAGGAGUUUUAAUAUUUUGCAUUAAUUUAAUUCUAGAUUAUAUAGUUUCAGACGAAAAAAUAUAUGAAAUAAAUAAAUCCAAGCUAUUAUGUUUAUUUAGUAUUUCCGAAAUAUUUUUAAUUAUCACAAUUGUUUGUUGUGUAUUGUAUAUUGAUUUAUUCCCCAAAAAUGACAAUAAUAAAGAUUCAACAGAUAUUGAAAAGGCAGAGGAAAAAGAAGGUCGAUUACCACUCAUUGAGAUAAUUAAAGAUGGUUAUAAAGCCAUUUUAUCUAUAUUUUUAGUUAAUUGGUUAUCUUUACAAUUAUUUCCAGGAAUUGGUCAUAAAAAAUGGCAAGAAAAACACGGAAUGACUGAUAAUAAUGUUACUAUAAUAGUAGGAAUGUUUCAAGUUUUUGAUUUUAUUAGUAGAUAUCCUCCAAAUUUUACCCAUAUAAAGAUUUUCAAAUAUUUCACAUUUUCAUUGAAUACUCUUUUAAUUGGUAAUUUCCUACGUUUAUUAUUCAUCCCAUGGUUUGUAUUAAAUGCAGUAAUUUCAAGUUCAUUUUUUACAAAUAUAGUUCAGCAAUGCGUUUGUAUAGCUGCCCUUGCUUUUACUAAUGGUUGGUUUAAUACAGUCCCAUUUAUUGUAUUUGUUAAAGAGCUUAAAAAAGUAAAACACCAAAAAGAUAUAGAAACAAUUUCAAGAAUUAUGGUUGUAUCAUUAUUUUUUGGUUUAUUCUUUGGUAUGCUAACCACAUGCUUAUACGAUUAUUUCCCAAUUGGAAUUUUAAACAAUUAA